AUGGACGCCUCGACGAUGCUCUCAUCACGAGCAGCCGAUGACAUUGAGCCUGGUCCCUAUCCCGAUGUCACGAAGAUCCCCACGCCGCCUCUGCAAAUGACCGCCGUGGCCAUCAUGUUUGCCCUUCCAGCACUCGCGACAGUCAUAUUCGGUCUGCGCGUGUACACGAGGGUCACCACUCGGACAGUCGGCAUUGAUGACUAUCUUUGCGGAUUGGCACUUGUCUCGGGCAUUUUGGUGUCGACAACACUAUACAUGUUCUUCAAGCUCAACUACUACGGCUGGCCAGAUGCAGAGGUGCCCGACUUCGAUCCAAGUCCCGGCCUGUGGUGGAACUUUUUCGAGCAGCUCUGCUACAACCCCGUCCUCGCCCUCGUCAAGGCCUCGGUUCUCGUCUUCCUUCUACGUCUGGGCGGGCACCACAAUACCAUGUUCAAGGCCAUCUGGACUCUCAUGAUCGUCAACAUAUGCCAUGCCGUCGCUGCCUUCUUUGGGGCCCUGUUCCAGUGCGUGCCGAUCAAGACAAACUGGAACCCUGAGCUGCGAGCUGAUCCAAGCACGUUCUGCAUCGACAACAGCUUCCACAUUAUUCAGUCAGCGAUUGCCAUUACGACGGAUAUUUUCAUAUUGGCUCUCCCAUUCUGGAUCUUCCUUGGUUUGCGGAUGCCUCGUGCGCAAAAGUGGGCGGUGCUCUUCGUCUUCGUCAUCGGCGCUGUCGUUCCCAUUGUGGCCAUUGUGCGCCUCGUCAAUAUAUACCGUCUCCUCUACCUCAAUGAGAGGUCAAAGCAUUACAACAUCGCCUACGUGUGGACCCCAGUCGAGUGCCACACUGCCAUCAUGGCCUGCUGCAUGCCCGCCCUUCGCCCACUCUUUAGUCGUCUCUGGCCACGUUCCUUCGGCAGCGGCGGCGCCAAAGCUGAAGAAUCUCCCUACUCAAAUUCACUCGGCAACGUGACAUACGGCGGCUCAUCCAUGGGUGGUAGUCACCAGCCUCGCGAUCGAUCGGGGGCGACCAAAGGCUUCAUGCUCAAGGACAUUCACGGCUCUCGGAAUAAAACACAGACAGAGAUUCGGGAUAUCUCGCCGUCUGGAUCAGAGGAAGAAAUCAUGACGUAUAAUGGGAUACUGAGGACUACGAAUGUAAAUGUCAAGUACGAGGAAGCCCAGAGGAACGAGGCGAUCGCAAUGUCCAACGGGACCAGUAGCAAUGACCCAAGGUGGGUAGCAUAG